AUGUCUCCUCCAAUCACCAAGGAGCCAAUCAAAUUAACAAUCAGCCUCAAAGGCCAUCGGAAGCAUAGGCGCAGGAAGGCAAAGCGGGACCGCCGUAGCAGACCCAGCACAUCAGCGGACGACAAGAGGGAUUCACCUUCGGAUGCUCUGCAAUUCGUCGAUGAUCGGUUCUGGCCUCUCGAUGACGGACCAGGACCAUCAACGCGAUAUCUUUCGCCCAAUUUGUUGGGAGAACCCGCCUCUCACUCAAGUCGCUUGAAGGCUUCGGAAAGCAGUGACAGUGGCGAGGAUUUCCCUGCACGCCUUUCUCCCGGUGUCCUCGUCGAGGCAGAAAGGCACUCAUCUGACGAACAGUCCAGGCGAAGAGUCAGGAAGAAAAGUCGCCGGAAAUCGAGAAGGCGAGAACCCGAAGCCGAGCCGUGUUCUCCGACUGUGCGCUCUCGUAUUCUUCCAGUUGUGGAACCACUUCGUCUAAGCCUUUCAUCUAGAAACACUCAGUUUGCAGAAUCUGCUUCGACUAUUCAUAAGGACGCAAGUGAUCCCACGUGUCGUGUUAUCAGUGAAGGCUCUCGAUCUCGGCCUGAGACGCGAAAACACCUCCACGUCAGGCAAACAUCUACAAGAAGCGCAUUCACCGAUGUGGCUCACGGCUUUUCAGUCCCAUCAUCCUUGCCUUCUACCCCUCAUCUGUCUACUCGCUUUCUAUCUCAACCUUCAAACGUUGAGACUGUUUCACCCGAGGAAGAUGAGCUGGCCCACCCGAUAGUUCUUGUGGGACAACCGUCUCAGCGUGCUGUAGCUGCACCAUCUAUGGUUUUACCAAGAGUACCUCCAGUAUCGGCUGCACAUGCAGCGCAGUGGAUAUACCCUCAAUCUGGAAUCUCUACACAAUCCACAACGUUGUCUGCACACAACAAUCGGUUGGCUCAAGAAGCUGCUGUUGAAAGCGACACAUUUCGUUCUGAACCCAUCCCUUUUGACCCUGUAACGAAACCAAGUCAUAUGGAGUCCAGUGUCCUGACUCGUACUGCAACUGACUCCAUUAUGGAGGAGCAACAAUUGCCGAGUCUUCCGCAUACAGAAAUCAACAAAACAGUUUAUCAGAAAAAGUCACGGCAACCUUCUGGCUCGCAAGAGCUGUGGGAGCCCCUUGGAAUCAAAAGCCCUACGUACGGCAUUAUUCUGCCAGUAGCAACGAAGAAUGACAAUGAUGCUGAUGAUGCCACAGUAGCAUUUUUAACUUCAUCACCUGAGCUACUAUCAGAAGAUGACAUCUGCGCAGUCAAAGAAGAAGCUGAUGAGCUACAAGGGAGUAUACUCCUCAAGGGAACGUCACCUUCAAGAGUGUUACGUCAGCGUAUUCGCUCUGCGACAAAAUUGACCUCAGAGAGUUCUGACACCGACCAGAGAACAAUUAUUGAUUUGGAAGAGGAUCAGGUUGAGCGUAGAUCAAGUGAUCGUGAUGGAGACGUACUGAAAUUGUCAGCUGAGCUCGCUGCCCUAUCCCAGUUGUCUGAGCAAAGGCAUACUGGUUCUGGUCAGAGCAGUGAACAAGAGUCAGUAGGAAAUAGAGUCAUUAUGGAAGAGCGUGGUGAUGAGAGGAAGCCCGAGAGCGCCUCUUCUUCAGUAGCUGAACAGUCGCUGGAGAACAACGUUGUUGACGACUUGGCAAUCUCUCGGGAUUUGCAGUUGGAAUCUUCGCCUGAAGAAUGUAACCAUAUUCUUGUGUUGGAUGGUCCGCAGGACUUGAGCGCCACAUUUGGGCAUCCACUCGAGUACAGCGAAGCUGAGCCCGUGGGACAAGUGCUUGCUCAGUCGCCAAAAAGCAUUUCGUUCCUGAUGGAUGUACCUACUACAGCCGGAGUGGAUGACGAAAGUUCUUCUCAGCAAGAAAUGGUGCCAAGAACAGGAGCCAUGUCCGUUGAUAAUGUCGGAGAGCCAAUACGUGUGAUUAUAUCGUCAAGAACUGAGAAAAAUAUUGAGUUAGGAGUUCCUCUAGAGACGAGAGAAGGUCAUUAUGGUCGAAUGGCUAGUGCAUAUGUGCAACCUCCCGAGCGUGAAGAAGAGAAUCUUUAUGACGACGACUACUCAACAGACGACGAGGAAUUAAUGCAUUUUCACGGGGAGUCUGAGAGGAACUGUCAAGAGAUGCCGCAGCAGUCUCAAUAUGAACAGUUGCUGUCCUCACAACAUUUCCCUUCGAUAGUUCCAGCAACACAGUUAUAUAAUCAAGCGCCUUUUGGGCAAGCGACGUUCAGCUACCAGCCAAGAGCCGCCCAUGUUUUGCCUGGAUGGCCAUCGCAAAACUCGACUGUGACUCGUCUAGAAUCAUCGCAUCUGAGUGUUCAGACGGUGUUUGAAAACGCUCAUCAAGUUCCCUCACAUCAUUCUCACCCAGCUCUCCAAACUGCGGUCGCACAUAUAGCAUCAGGUGCAGCUGCAUCUCAUUCCAGUAGUGUUGCUGUAUCUCAGGCUUCACAGUAUCAUCAGCAGCAUGCACCACCGCCUCACACUUUCCCACUUCAGCGCUCUCAAGCUCAGCGAAACGAUAAUGUACAGAACGAACCACAGCAACAGAAACAUCGUAAAGAUCCUCGUGGCGAGAUAUUCGAUGGAAGUGGCUUGGCGGGCUCAGAAGUCAGAGCUCUGAAGCGUUCGUUUGCGCCCACAUAUCCUACUGACACUCGCCCCAAUUUGCAGUAUAGUCUUAAGCAGCCCCUACAAGUAAACGCCAAAGAUAUCGCGCAUCGGCUUCAUCAACGUCGUGAUUCAUCAGAAAUGCUUGAAGCUCCUCCAAGUGGUCAAAACGUGCCUAUUCAACCUGCCCCACCUCCACGGCAGCAAGCUGUUUGUCAUCACCAAGCAAUUCUGGGGGAGGAUUUACGCAAUCAGUUACCAUUGAAAAAGCAACACACCGUCCCUGAAGAGUCGGAACGAACUCCCGUUCAGCAAAGGCAUCCUGCCGAACUGAUGGAGGAAGAGAUGAGGGCUAUGCGAUACGUCUACCUGAUGAACGAGCAACGCAUUGCAAAGAAGAGUCUAGCUGAGAGGGACAAAAAUGCGACGAAGAAACCGACUCCGUCUAAGGAUCUCAUGUUCCUGUCUGAACUCCCUCCAAUUAUGGUGGAACCAACUGUAAUACCGGAGGGAAUUCCACGAACGCGAAUGCAGGAACAUUUGCUUCCGCCUUACCAUCAUGCUCAAUUCGCCAUAAGAAGUGGUCUCUGUGUCUCCCCGUUCAGAUCUGAUGCAAGUGAAGAUGAGUUGACAAAAGUCAAAGAAGUUCUGGAUCUGGAGGCUCUUGAGCCUAUGGGAACUCGAACCAUAGUUCCGAAAACGCAGGGCCAAUCUGGGCAGGUAGCAAACAGCGAGAAAGAAUGUCGGAAUAUUCCCUACAGAGCGCCGUCAGCUGUAUUGCCCGGCCGUAUGCGACAGCAACAUCCUAGUGGUACCUCGGUCCGAAGCGAGCAGCAUUUUCAUACCUCAGAGGAACAGAGACAUCUCCCCGCUUCUGAAGUCGAAAAAAUGGAUGCUGCUCAGUCAGCUGCUACUGAAUCCUUGUUCUCAUCGAAAACUUCGCAAAGCCUGAGUCCUCUCGAAGUGGCUAUUCCCCAGCAGAUGGACAUCUCAAGCACAUCUAGGGAGGCCGAGUUGCUGUCGAAUGAGGAGCAGUCUGACGCGAGUGACGAUGAGAUGUGGAGUGUUGAAGAGAAAGAACAUCAAGGCGGCACAUCGAAUGAUGAUGAUUCGACUGAUAGCGAAACUGUUCGAAGAGGAUGGGAUCUAAGUCCAAGCGUAUCACCUCUGACUUUAGAGGCAUUCACUUCUAUUCUAAGUUCUCCGGAAGGGUCGGACUCAAACGACGACCAAAUCGGUGUGCCGGUAUGGUCGACAAUGUCUAGAAAGCAUGCUAAACUGGCAAUAGCCGUAUGCCGAAACAUGCCAAAACGUUUGCAGCCGUUGUGUCGGCGUUUCGCGUGGCAACAAGGGAUCACAUACUUGCUUGAGAAUUUUUGCUUGCAAAAAUGGGAAAUCCGUCCGGAACACGAUGUGGAGUCUGUUUGGUUUUUCGAAAAACUGGUCAGACGGUUCAAGCCAUUCGAUGUUGUGCCAUGGGAAAUAAACGAUAGCGACGAGAGUGAAGAGAAACCGAAACGUGUUGAAAACGUGUUUUUCGGUUUCAAUAUUUGCGCAGAUAUUCCGUUCAGUCGCUGUCGGAAGACUAUCAGAAUCGAGGAUCGCGCCUUCUUGUCGUUAACGUGCAAACAAUUCAAAGGAAUUACGGUUGGGAGCUCUUCUGACACUUCUGAUGAUGAAAGUGUUAACAAAGCGAUAAAUGAGACCGUUCCAACAGCGCCACUAACUUCUAGUGAUGAAUCUGCAUCCACAGAAGAUGAAGAUGAAUGUUCUUCUGAUGAGGAAGUAGAGCACCUGAAAAGGAGCAGAGCUGCAUUGCGCUUCAAAGCAUUGCCGCAGAAAUUGUCGUAUGAGCAACAGGAAUUUAUUGCUAUGAGUUGUUGUAAGCAGUUCAUUCAGCAAAUGGUAACACGCAAGAAUGGCGACUGUUUCAGAGUUGGUGAUCGAAGUGCUGUUCAAGUGACGUCAAUCUUGAGCGAGCUUUAUCGCGAGCACCGAGAUGCUUAUGAGCUUCUGAUCGCAGAUAUAGUUCCCAUUCCGACCCCGGAUCAACGUGAAAUCCCAUUCUCUGAUAAUGCGGAAUGGGUAGCGUCACGAAUUCUCGCAAUUAAUAGAGCUCAGAAUAGACUCCUAAUCCCAACUUUUCCUCCGUGGGCUGCGAUGCAUCGUCUCUGGAAAGUCUAUGGUCCACUCCAGCAAUGUGCAUCAGCGAUAGGAGGAGACUUUGAAAAAUUCGUGGCAGAAUGUGUUAGUGUGGCUUACAACCACUAUUAUAGACUCAAAAAUGGUAUAAAAGUGGCUGAUGAGAUUCCUGGUGAUUUAUUGGACUUGUGUUAUGCAAUCACGUCUGAACGCAUGCGAGAACAUACGGAAAGUGUUGAAGCUGCUAAGAAAAGAGCUGACAAGAAAACAAAACCCUCCAAAGCAUGGAUUCCACUCAAGCGUCGCGAAGGUCUCUGUACGUUUUCAAGUCAACGAACUGCAAAUGCACAGCUUUUAUCGCGUUGUCGUCGUGUUUAUAAUGAAAAGAGGCAAACGAAGAGGAGAAGAUGGAACACAAUGCGCUAUCUGCACAAUGCACUGCCUGGAUGUGUCAUUGAAGGAAUUGACGUUUUCGAUAUGGCACAGCGGACAAAUUUAUCUGUAGCUGGCAUAUUUGGACCAGAGCACAAGCUUAAACUUACCGAAAUGCCGUUUGCUUCCGACUUGGAUAACAGACCAGCUUAUCUCGAUAUGGAGGAGCUGUUAGAACUCAUGGACCGUACGCUCGUGCUUCAGUCAGGUUCUACGGUAGAUCAAGAGGGAAGCAAACAGCCUUCCGUAGACUUCCUUACCGUGCACGGACUCCACUUCAAAGCCAUCACUGGAGAACGAGGACGAUGUCAUCUUAUGGUUUCGCCCGCGCCGAUUCCAGUACCGCCUGUUGUUAUUGACCAUUAUGGCAAUGUAACAGCAAUUCAAAGAGCAGCUGUUCCGAAAUGUGAGCACAUUUCGCUUUGA